AUGGCCCCCAAGAAACCAGAACCCAAGAAAGAGGAGGCCAAGGCAGCACCCAAGGCCGCAGCAGCUCCAGCCCCUGCACCGGCACCUCAGGCUGCUCCUGAGCCAGAAGGCCCCAAGGAACCUGAGUUUGAUGCCUCCAAAGUCAAGAUUGAAUUUACAGCAGAGCAGAUUGAAGAAUUCAAGGAGGCCUUUCUGCUGUUCGAUCGCACACCCAAGGGCGAGAUGAAGAUCACGUUUGGGCAGUGUGGGGAUGUCCUACGGGCACUGGGCCAGAACCCCACGCAGGCCGAGGUGAUGCGUGUUCUGGGGAAACCCAAACAGGAAGACCUCAACAGCAAGAUGAUGGACUUUGACACGUUUCUGCCCAUGCUGCAGCACAUCGCCAAGAACAAGGACACCGGCACCUUUGAGGACUUCGUGGAGGGGCUGCGGGUAUUCGACAAGGAGGGCAAUGGCACCGUCAUGGGCGCAGAGCUCCGUCAUGUGCUGGCCACGCUGGGUGAGCGGUUGACAGAAGACGAGGUCGAGAAACUCAUGGCUGGACAGGAGGACUCCAAUGGCUGCAUCAACUAUGAAGCAUUCGUGAAACAUAUCAUGGCCAGCUAAGCUGUCACUCCAGGUGGGGUCCCAGCCCCCUUUCAAGCUUCUGCUGCCUCUGCCAUCUUGUCCUGUUGCCCACCGUCAUGCUUCUAGCACCCAGUCCUGC